AUGUUUGUGUUGAUCAACACCGGUAUCCAUACUCUAAAGUACGGGUAUUACGCGUUGGCGGCGUUAGGGCCAAGAGUUAGGCCUUACCUGCGAAGGAAGCGCUACAUAACUGUCCUACAAAUCGCACAGUUUGUCAUUUGCGGCACAUAUGGGUGUCUAUUGUAUUACAAACAGACGGUUAUAUACCGUUUCCACCACAAGAACCGGUGGACAGUCGGUCCCAACGCCGACAACGCGUAA